CUUUACAAGCAGGCGACAUCCGUUUCGCGGAAGUUGACGUUUCUAACGCCAGGCUAAAUAUUCCUUUACAUUUCCCGUUAUUUAUGGUUCCAAUAAAACAUCGUUUGACAAGCAAGGCUUUCAAAGCAGUCACAAGCAAGAAUGCUGGACAUGUGGCCUGAGACAUCUGAAUUCCUGGAUUGAUGGCAGCUUUUGCUGUAUUGCGUUAUGCCAGCAGCAGUCCUCUGCUCUGGGGUUGGGGACCCAUUCUGUUUGCUCUCCUGGGCUCUGUUUUUGUUCUAUUGUUGCCUUUAGCAGGCAUAGAAGAGCAAUGCUGUGCCACAUUGAAGGGUCUUGCCCUUUUCCGCUGCCAGCUGUGGGGGGGUGUUCAGCGGCCCACAGUGCACACCACCAGCUUGACGGUCCCAUUCACAGCGCUGGACCUCCUGCCACAAAGAGUCAAGCCUAGUAAAGAGAUGAAAUUGGAGGCAAAGGCGUCUCUUCAGCAGGCUCUGGAGAUGAAGAAACAGGGGAAGAGGGAGAAAGCUCAUAAGCUACUCAUCCACGCACUCAACUUGAACCCAGAAUUUGUGGAGGCACUCACUGAGCUGGGAACUAUUCUGGAGGAGGAAAAGGACGUUGUUCAAGCAGACCACCUCUACACCAAAGCCCUUGCCAUCUCGCCUUGUAACGAGAAGGCUCUGGUGAGUAGAGACCGCACGUUGCCCUUAGUAGAGGAAAUAGACCGACGACACUUCGGGAUUAUAGAUGGAAAGGUGCGCCGUCUCAUGUCUAUACCCAAAGGCAACUCCGCUUUGCGUCGAGUAAUGGAGGAGACCUACUACCAUCAUAUUUACCAUACAGUAGCCAUCGAAGGCAACACACUCACUCUGUCUGAAAUUCGGCAUAUUAUUGAGACUAGAUAUGCCGUACCAGGUAAGAGUCUUCAAGAACAGAAUGAGGCUAUUGGCGUCGAUGUAGCGAUGAAGUACAUCAACACCACUCUGCUGUCCCGUGCUCGGGCAAUCACUGUCAAUGACAUCUUAGAAAUACAUCUGCGCGUUCUAGGCUACGCCGAUCCCGUUGAAGCCGGACGAUUCCGAACUAGCCAGGUUUUUGUGGGACAUCAUAUCCCACCACACCCACAGGACCUGGACAGACAUAUGCAGGAGCUGGCGCAGUGGUUGAACUCAGAGGAGGCACUGCAUCUUCACCCUGUAGAGUUUGCAGCUUUGGCACACUAUAAACUGGUUUACGUGCAUCCAUUUGUAGAUGGCAACGGACGGACUUCCCGUUUGCUGAUGAAUUUAAUACUAAUGCAAGCUAGUUAUCCACCAAUCACCAUUCGGAAAGAACAGAGGGCAGAAUAUUAUGCUGCUCUAGAUACAGCUAAUGAGGGGGAUGUUAGGCCCUUUAUUAGAUUUAUUGCAAAAUGCACAGAAAUUACGCUUGAUACUCUGUUAAUAGCCACAACGGAGCAUGCAGUUGGGCUCCCUGAUGCUAGUAAUCAUGCCUAUCGUGACUGUAAACAGACCAUACCUGUGCAUAGCUGAGAGAUGGCAUGUUAAUGGAAGGGAACAAGCUCGCACACACAAACAUUUAGUUCAGUUGUCAUAUGGACCACGCAGCCACCAUAAUGAAUCACUAUUCAACCCUACACUGCUAUCAUCUGCGUGACUCAGACAAAUGGGGAUGCGUUUCAAUGUGUUUUCUGUGAUGUCAUAUGUGUCCACAUUUGUUAGAUUCUGUGUUUGUAUUGAGUUUGAUAUGUUCAUGUUACUCCCUCAAAUGUAUUGUGUUGUGCAUUUGAAAUUAAAUUCAAUUACAAAAAUUCAUACUAUAUGAGUACUUGGUGUGAACAAACCUGGAGCUGUGAAUGAUAAGGAUGAAACAAUGAAUUAACAGUAUUUAGGACAGAUUCUGAGAUCAUGCCUCAUUUACAGCCUGCUUGCUUGUUUCUUUUGAUAGUUUGCUUCUUUAUUUGUUGUAAUAUAGAAUACAUAAUUUGUAGAAUGUCUACUUUGGAAAAAAAUGACCUAAAAUCAGGCCAUGCCAACCAUGCAUGUUAUUUAUAUUUUGUGUAAUUAAGUACAUCUUUUAAUUUCUCUAGUGGCAAGCUUUGCUAAAGGCAGAUAUCUCUAAAACGCAUAAAUCAGGCUUGGAUUAACUUCCUAUUAAAGUAUGAUUGGGAAAAGUACUAACAAGUACUUAUGAAGUUCUUGAAGAUUGGUUUUUAGGAAAUAAAUAUAUUCCCAUUUUAAUUUCCAUUUUAUUCAGUUUGGCACUUAGCCAUUGCAUAGAAAAUUUUCUCAAGAUUUUUAUUUUUUAAUAAGGGAUAUAAUUUGUGAUCUAAAAAGACUUCGGUAACAAGUUAAUUAUCUAGAAAUGAUUAAACAUUUCUCUUUUGGAAGCUGUUUUAUUGAUUACUGGUUGUAUUCAAUAUCUUAAAAUAGCCUUAAGGUUAUUUUUUAUUUUUUUUAAAUGUCUGUUAUUGUACAUUUUUGUGUGCCUCAUCUUUUGGCCACUAAGUACAUCAAGAAGCACUUUAGUUUUGAUUUAUUUAAACAUUGCUUUAUUUUACUACCAUACAAAGCAAUUUUAUUAUUGUGUAUGUAAUGUAUGUAAUAAAUUAU